AUGUUUAACCUGCCAGCAAUCAGCGUCGCAUCAGGCCUCGCCCUGUUGUACCUGAUCGUCAGCCACCUGCGCACGCGGCGCAAGCCCUUCCCGCCCGGGCCGCCAGGCAGCCUGAUCCUCGGCAACCUGCUGCAGAUUCCGACCAAAAAGGCGUGCCUGACAUUCCAGAAAUGGAGCCGCGAGUACGGAAGCUCCUCCGAUGGACUUCUGGGCCUGCGAAUGGGGCCCUGGGCCAGGAUGAUCGUCCUGAACAAGCACAAACAGUAUCGCGACCUGCUCGAGGGCCGCAGCACCGUCUAUGCCGGCCGCGGGUCCGUCCCCAUCAUGGAAAAGCUGCGCGUCUGGACCAAACCCGGCGAGCCCUACGUGGGCAACUUUGCCUCGUGGCAGUACAACGACGAACUCAAGCGCGAGAGGAGGGCGACCCACGAAUACAUAACGCGGUCUGCACAAGUCGAGAAGCUGCUUCCGAUCCAAGAUGCCGAGAGCACGCAGCUGAUGUGGGACUUGUUGAGUUUUGAACGGGAUAAAAAGGCCGGCGAUACCGCUCCCGGGUCGCACCACCUUUUGUUUUUCCGCACCUUUGGCGCCGUCGUGCUCGCGGCUGUAUAUGGGAUCCGCGGAAAAGAUACCACGCACGAUUCGCAUCUGGGUCAGUUCGAAUCGAUAGUCAAAGACUUUAUUCAACUGCUGGCGCUGACAGCUGCGCCGCCGUACGAGGUGUUCCCCUUUGUCGACUACAUUCCCGAGUUUAUAAACCCCUGGCGGGGGUGGAUUCUGAGGGGUAAAGAAUUCAGGGUCCGCUGGUUUCGGUUUUGGAAAGAGUUCCACGACAUUGCACUGAACUCGGCCGAAAGCAAGACCAGCCGCGAGGGCGACGGUAUGCUCCUUCAGCUCGAGGGCAAGGGGUAUUCCGAUACGGAAAAAUUGUCCUUUGGCGCGACCAUAAUGAACGGCGGAGCCGACACGACCGCCAUAACGUGCCUCACCAUGCUUGGCGCGUUUGUUAAUAACCCUGAUCUUCAACAGCAGGCCCGGGCGGAGAUAGAUGCUAUUUUUGGGGAGGGCGUUAUGCCUACAGCCGACAUAAUUGAACCAACUCCCUUUUGUAAAGGCUUGUUUCUACGAGGUGAGGCCGUUCGAUGGCGACCUUUGACGCCGCUCAUGACGCGCAGGGUCCGCCAGGACCACGAAUACGAGGGUUUCUUCAUCCCCAAAGAUACAAUGGUGCUGUUUAACAUCUGGGCCCUAUCCCACGACACCGACGUGUUCGAUCGCCCUCAGGACUUUAUGCCUAGCCGGUAUCUCCCGCAGUGCAGAGGUGACCCCGACGUCAAACCCCUGCCGGUGUACGGGUUCGGGACGGGCUUGAGGAACUGCCCCGGCCAAAAGAUGGCCGAGAAUUCGGUCAUGUUGGUGGUCGCGAAGCUCCUUUGGGCGUUUGAGAUCUCGUCGCCGGACGGAAAACUCGAUACGAGCAUGGAGACUGGCUACGAUGACGCGUUCAUGCUGGCGCCGAACCCAGCCAGGUUGAGCUUCCGUCUCCGGAGUCAGAUCCGUGGGGAUGUCGUUCAAAGGGAGUGGAAGAAGGCGGACGAGUGCUGCAUUGAGGGUUAA